CUAGACCUGGCCAGCGGCACUCUUAGAAAACCUUUUGUUGGACAUCCGUUGAUAGCCCAAUAAGUGACCAAGAUCCCAUGUCAAGAUCGGGCAAAGGUUCCACGCGGGCUUCGGUCAUGGAUCAUGCUUCCGCUCGCAAUUCUGCGUUUCAGGGGUCACACCCAAAGGGAGGACGGUCAUCAUCGAUCGAUCAUGGACCACGGAUCAUAACAAUGCUAUCUCCCCAUCUUUCAUAAUUGCUGGCUCUCGAUCUCAAUCUCAUGUCUACCUCGAGCAUAGUCACUGGCAAAGCUCGUGUACCAGGUGAUCGUCAACCUGAGUGUGCGCAAUUUCUGGAUCAUGUCAGGUUCACCAGCUCACACAGUUCUUCCCCCGACCAACGAUGCUGGAGACAACGGGCCUCAUCUCAAUACGUUCGUCAUCCUACAUAUCGUCGUGCAGACGAUCGUUUGGGGAUUCGUCUUCCCCAUAGGAAUGGUGCUAGGGUUAACCAGAUCGAAGUAUCACGUACCCCUUCAGACUCUGGGUCUAGCGAUGACAUCCAUCGGCUUCUUCCUUGGUCACAAGCACAGAUGGAGACAUGAGACAGGAGUUCAAUCCACUGCUCAUGCGGUGAUGGCCAGGAUCAUCAUCGUACAGCUCGUCCUGCAAGCCGCUUCAGGGAUAUAUCUGAAAUUGCACCCCGUAGGAUCGAAAGCGAGAACAAUCGCAGUCAGAACCCAUGGUAUCUUGGGAAAGACCUUCCCGAUUGUUGGAUGGACUCAGAUGUUGCUGGGCGUGAUCGCUGGCCUAGGUUACUGUCUGGAUGGGGAGACUCCGCAAUGCCUAGCACACUAUAUCAUGGGCUCUGCCUUCAACGGGUACGCCUGUAUCAUGCUCAUCAUGCUACACCUAGGUUCCGAGUUCCUGAAAAGACAAGGGCAAAGUCAAGAGUACCUGGACUCUUGGGUCAUAAUGCUAUGGGGCAUCGUAAAUACCUUUACGAUGCACCAUGAUGAUUGGUUGCAUAGCCAUUGGUCGCACAAGGAUAUGCAGCAUACGAUGCUCGGGGUCUUAUGGUGGAGCGGUGGUCUGCUCGGCAUCUUUCUCAGUCGGAAAGGGAAACGAUCCUUUGUACCGGCUCUUAUAAUCUUCGUGACCGGUUGGGGAAUGUCAGCACAUGAACAGUCUCUGAUGAUAUCCUCAAAGAUACAUGGCAUGUUUGGAUAUUCCCUCAUGGCAGCCGGGGCCAGUCGUGUCGUCGAGAUCUGCCUGUUCCUACAGGACGGUCCGAGCGAUCCCAGCAAUAUCAAAGUUUUCCAAUAUCUGCCGCCUUACCUGUUGAUACUGGGAGGGACCAUGUUCAUGAGCGCAACCAACGAGGAAAUGCGGCACGCUCAAGAUGCUGGCAUUGAUCACGUAACUUACGGGCUCGGCGUGUUUUCGAUAUCCUUCCUCUUAUUUCUUCACAUGACCUUCCUGAUCCACUUGUACAGCGCUUCGGGACGCAAUGCAGCCUCCACGAAGACGCCGGACAUCGCAGGGGAGGGUGGGUAUGAGCCUUUACAGACCAAUUUUCAGGACUACCGGGAUAAUGAUACCGGAAAUGGUGAUGAUUUAGAAUCGCUGGAGCUGGACGCCAGGGGGCCUUCGCGCUGUACUUCGUAGCCUGAGGAGAUCAGGGUUGGUAUCGGUGUACCUAAGACAUGCCGUCCAUAUACAUCCU